CCCCUGGCACGUCAUCUCGCGGCGGGUGUACUGCCGGACCUGGAGCUGCGCGCGGCGGAUGACGUCGACUUUCCGGUGGCACUUGUCCCUCCCGCGGACGUGGUAGUGCGAGAAGGCGUUGCUGUUGCCGCACACGAACCGGCCCGCGCGGUGGAAGGCCCGCAGGCGCUGCCCGUUGCGCGUGUGCAGCGUGCGCAUGCGGCUGCGCAGGGACUCGGUCGUGUUCAUGGCGUUGCACUCAAAGUAGACCUGGUGCGGCGUGAAGAAGAGCCGGCGCGUGCUGAAGAGGCCCUCCUGGAACGUCCACGCCCGGGUCGACCAGGUCGACUGCUCGAUGGACGUGUGCGGGUCGGGCAGUGUUGAUAGCAGCGUGUAAGCGCCCCGGUCGAGGACGGUCCGGUGCUGGCGCCAUGAUCGCCGCGGGAGGCUGACCCCGGGCAGGCCGCUGUUGGAGUCGGUUCCCAGGGCGAAGAUUGUGAUCUUGGCCCCCUCGUAGAUGGACGCCAUGCGGUUGAACUGGUUCUGCUUCUCGGCCUCGUUGGUCUGGUCGAUGCAGUACUGGUCCACCCACAGGUACUUGAGGUGCAGCUGCUUGACCACCGCGAUGGCGUCCCGGAUCGUGCCGGGGACGUUGGCAGGGAGCUUCAGCUUCGUCACCGCCGGUCGGGUCGAGCCGGGCCCGCGUUGUCUCGUCACUACUACAGCGUGGGACUCGGCUCGAGAUGGUUGAUGGACGGUGGUGGUUGUCGAGCGGGUGUUGUAAGCCGGCGGCGGCGGCGGCGGCGACAGCGACAGAGACAGCGCGGCCUCGCUCGAUCCCGGGGGAGCACCCCAGACGUAAC